AUGGUGAAUACAGAUUUUGAAAAAAUAUACCUCAACCAGCUGAAGGGCCAUGGCCGUAUGCGUAUUGCAGACUCUGGUCUAGGCUGGAAGGCUUCUAACACAAACAACGGGAGCAACAACGCCCCAUUCUUGUUACCAUCGGAGGAAAUUCUCUCGUCGCAAUGGUCAAGAGGAUCAAGGGGCUACGAAUUGAGAGUUCAGACCAAGAACCAGGGUGUAGUGAUGUUAGAUGGAUUUGAUGUUGAGGACUUCACAAAGUUGAAACAAGAGUUGCAGAGAAACUUCUCUCUCAACUUGGAACAUAAGGAGCACUCGUUAAGAGGAUGGAACUGGGGGAAGACGGAUUUGGCCAGAAACGAAUUGGUAUUUCAAAUCAAUAACAAGCCCAGUUUUGAGAUCCCUUACCUGGAAAUAAGCAAUAGUAACUUGACAGGUAAGAAUGAAGUUGCCCUCGAGUUCAACUUGGAUGGAGGGGCCUCAAAAGCAGGAGAUGAGAUUGUGGAAAUGAGAUUUUACAUACCCGGCGUUGUAGAAGAAGAAGGCAAGAAGGAUAAUGACGUAAAAGAGGAAAAUAAGGAAGAAGGUGAAGCAGAAGCGGAAGACGGAAAGGAAACUGAAGACACCAGCAUCAACGCAGCUUCUCUCUUCUAUGACCAACUUAAGGACAAGGCAGAUAUAGGCCAAGUUGCUGGGGAAGCAAUUGUAUCCUUCUCAGAUAUUUUGUUCCUUACCCCUAGAGGACGUUACGAUAUCGAUAUGUACCCAGGUUCACUUAGACUUCGUGGUAAGACGUACGAUUACAAGAUCCAAUACAAGCAGAUCGAAAGAAUAUUCUCUCUUCCAAAACCAGAUGAUGCGCACCAUUUAAUAAUUUUACAGAUCGACCCUCCAUUGAGACAAGGGCAGACGAGAUAUCCAUUCCUUGUGCUUCAGUUCGCUCAAGAAGAAGAAAUUGAAUUGGAAUUGAAUGUAUCGGAUCAAGAAUACGAAGAAAAAUAUAAAGAGAGGCUCAAGAAGAACUACGAUGCUCAGACACACUUGGUAAUGUCGCAUUGCUUCAAAGGUUUAACUGAAAGAAGGUUGAUAGUUCCAGGCUCAUUCAAAUCUAGGUUUAACCAACCAGGAUUACUGUGUUCUUUAAAAGCAGCAGAAGGUUACCUUUAUCCAUUGGAUAGAUGCUUCCUUUUCGUUACCAAACCAACUUUAUACAUCCCAUUCUCCGAAAUCAGUAGUGUUACCAUGUCGAGAACAGGAUCAGGCGUUAGUGCUUCUAGGACUUUCGACCUUGAGAUUCACUUGAGAGGACAAGCAAGUGGCCCCAACCUGUCUCACACAUUCGGAUCUAUUGACAGAGAAGAACAACAAUCCAUUGAAAACUAUUGUAUUGAGAAGGGAUUGAGAGUCAAGAACGAAGAAAAGAUAGCUAAGGCAAUUAUGGCCAAGGCAAUCAAGGAAGCUAACAUUGACGACGACGACGACGACGACGAUGUAGACAUGGGAUCUGCCGGUGACGAUGAUGAUGAAAGUGCCGACGAUGAUUUCAACUCGGGUGAGGAUUCGGACGUCGCAGAAGAAUUUGAUUCAGACGCUCCAUUGUCAGAUUCUGAGGAUGAAGCUAGUGGAGAUGAUAGACCACCAAGCAAGAAACCAAAAACGGAUUAG